AUGCCAGCCACCGCCCAGCGCGAUUACUACGAAGUUCUCGGCGUGACCCGGGACGCGAAUCCGGAGGACAUCAAGAAGGCCUAUCGCAAGCUCGCGAUCCGUCAUCACCCCGACCGCAACCCGGACGACAAAUCCGCCGAGGAGCAGUUCAAGCAGGCAUCCGAGGCGUACGGCGUCCUGGGCGAUGCCGAGAAAAGGUCCCGCUACGACCGUUUCGGCCAUGCCGGCGUCGGCGGCGUCGGACAGACGGUGAACAGCGAGGUUUUUGCGGACUUCCAGGAUCUAUUCCGGGGCAGCGUCUUCGACCUGUUCGGCGAGAUGUUCGGCGGCGGGAACCCGCGAGGUCCCGCGCGCGGGCGCGACAUCCAGUACGAACUGAACAUCGACUUCAGCGAACCCAAGCAAGAGAGCCGCAAGCGAAUCCUCGUUUCCCGCUCGGAGCCCUGCGAUUCCUGUCGCGGGAGCGGAGUCGCAGCAGGCAAGCAGCCAAUCCUCUGUGGACGGUGCGGCGGGCGCGGGCAGGAAACCUUUUCCCGCGGCUUCAUGGUGAUGAGCCGGACCUGUUCCGGCUGUGGUGGAACGGGAAAGAUCGUGCGCGACCCCUGCGGGGAGUGCGCGGGCGCCGGAAGAACUCCGCGGGAGCGGGAGAUCACCGUGCCGCUCCCCGCGGGGAUUGCUGACGGAAACCAGCUUCGCGUCUCGGGCGAAGGAGAACCGGGAGCCCACGGUGGACCACCCGGAGAUCUCUACGUUCGCGUCCACGUCCGGCCCGCUCGCGGCAUGCGGCGGGAGGACGACGACGUUCUCAGCGAGGCGACGAUCACUUUUCCCCAGGCGGUGCUCGGCACCGAAAUCUCGAUCGCGACCAUCUGGGGAGAGGAAACCCUUCGGAUCCCACCCGGCACGCAGCCGCACACGAUCCUCCGCUUGCGAAGCAAGGGUUUCCCCGCACUCCGGGGUCGAAGCCGUGGCAAUCACCUGGUCCGCGUUCUGGUGGAAGUGCCAAGGAAGCUGAGCGGCCGGGCGCGGGGCGCGGUGGUCACCCUGUCCGAGGAGUUCGACGCGUCCUCCGUGCGUUCCUCCGGCGACCGCGACGCGAAUUCGCGUCGCCCCGGCGAGGCUGGCCGCGAGCGGGGGGCCGGAGCGACUGGCGACCGCUCCGCCGAUAGUUCAGGAAAGUCCCGCUCGUCAUUCUUCGACCGGAUCUUUUCGUGA